CCCAUACAUGUAGAUGCGACCCAAGUGAUUUUCCCUCUUCUCUCCCUUGCGUUGAUUUCUUCCUCCGACGGCGACGCCGGAGCCCGUUAUAGAGAAACUUUUGGGUGGAUCUCGGCGGCGUCGAAGAUAAGUCGAUGGAAGGAAAACCGAGGAAACUUCUGGUGCUGUACGCUUCUCAGACCGGAAACGCCCUCGAUGCGGCGGAGCGAAUCGGGCGGGAAGCUGAACGGCGAGGCUGCGCCGCAUCUGUUGUAUCCACCGACGAAUUCGACCCGAGCUAUUUACCUCAUGAAGAGGCUGCAAUUUUUGUUGUGUCCACUACAGGGCAAGGAGACCCUCCAGACUCUUUUAAGGCAUUUUGGAGGUUUCUUCUCCAGAGAAAUUUGGGAAAGACUUGGUUGCAAGGAGUUCGCUGUGCUGUGUUUGGACUUGGUGACUCUGGCUACCAGAAAUACAAUUUUGUCGCAAAGAAGCUAGACAAAAGACUAUCAGAUCUUGGAGCCACCGCCAUCAUUGAAAGAGGUCUGGGGGAUGAUCAGCACCCAUCAGGGUAUGAAGGAUCUCUUGAUCCGUGGAUGCUAUCUUUGUGGAGUACGUUACAUCAAAUUAAUCCAAAGUAUUUCCCGAAAGGUCCAGAUGUGAUGGUUGCUCAAGACAAACUAAUUGAUCAACCCAAAUACCGGAUCUUGUACCAUAAGGCCGGGAACAUGAGGCCUAGUUUUUUGGCAGAGUCAGAUUUGAAGUACAUUUCGAUGCAAAUAGAAAAGACCCGAGGAAUGUCUCCUGGGAAGCUCUCUCGGGAGAAGAGUAAGCCAGACUGCUUUCUCAAGAUGGCCAGAAAUGAAAUGUUGACUAAAGCUGGAAGCACAAAGGAUGUUCGCCACUUUGAGUUCGAGUUUAUUUCUUCAAAUAUCGAGUAUGAAGUUGGUGAUGUGGUUGAGCUUCUUCCAAGCCAGAAUCCUGCAGCAGUAGAAGCAUUCAUAAAACGAUGUGAGUUGGACCCGGAGUCAUUCAUCACCAUUCAUCCGAGAGAGACGGAUAAUGGUCUUGAUGGAGAAGUACUUACAGAGUUCCCGGUCAAGCUUAAAACUUUUGUUGAGUUUGCUAUGGAUGUGGCAUCGGCGUCUCCUCGACGAUACUUCUUCGAGGUUAUGAGCUUCUAUGCUACAGCAGAGCACGAGAAGGAGAGACUUCAGUACUUUGCUUCAGCCGAAGGGAGGGAUGAUCUUUACAAAUACAAUCAGAAGGAAAGAAGAAGUGUCCUCGAGGUGCUUGAGGAUUUCCCUUCUGUUCAAAUCCCUUUUGAGUGGCUAGUGCAGUUGGUCCCUCCAUUAAAACCGAGAGCUUUUUCGAUCUCUUCGUCUCCUUCAGCGCAUCCGGGCCAAGUGCAUUUGACUGUAAGCAUAGUAUCAUGGACCACACCGUACAAGAGAGUACGAAAAGGUCUUUGCUCCUCAUGGCUAGCAAGCCUAAACCCUGAAAAAGGGGUUUACGUCCCGGCUUGGUUUCACAAGGGCUGCCUUCCUGCUCCACCAACACAGCUACCAAUCAUCCUGGUGGGACCUGGCACUGGCUGUGCCCCUUUCCGGGGAUUCAUAGCCGAAAGAGCCGUACAAUCCCUCUCUGGCCCAACUGCUCCGGUCAUCUUCUUUUUCGGCUGCAGGAACAAAGACACCGACUUCCUCUACCGAGACUUUUGGGAAUCCCAAUCCCGAAACAGUGUCUCGGGAGGAGUACUAUCGGAAGAAAAAGGAGGCGGAUUUUACGCGGCCUUCUCGAGGGACCAGCCGAAGAAGGUGUACGUGCAGCACAAGAUCAGGGAACAGAGGAAGAAGGUGUGGGAGUUGCUUCGGGAUGGCGGGGCUGCGGUCUACGUGGCUGGUUCAUCGACGAAAAUGCCGGCAGACGUGAUGGCGGCGUUGGAGGAGAUUGUGGCGGAGGAGACCGGAGGGUCGAAGGCGGAUGCCGAGAGGUGGCUCAGGGCCCUUGAGAAGGCUGGUAGAUACCAUGUCGAAGCCUGGUCUUAGUAACUUAGAAAAAAGCCUUUUAUUUUUCAUGUAUAUGUACCAUCCAUCUGUUUAUUCUGUUUUCGUUUUGAUUUAUAGAAAUUAGCAACCAUAGUUUUCGAGGUCAGUUUUUUUUAUUGUUUUUAAAUUUUAUUAUUUUGACAUCAUAAAAAAUAUUAAUUGAGGUUUUA